AUGACAUGGCAAAAUUAUGUGAUACCAGUAAUGGGCAGUUUUAUCAUUUUGGGGUCUUGUUUUCUGCUUGGAUAUUAUCAGUUUUCGUUUGGAUGGAUUUUGAUUCUUGUUACUUUGAAUGGUUUAAAAUCAUAUAUGUGGCGACAACGCGAGAAACGACUGCUGGGUUUGAGACAAGCCGCUCUAAGAGAACGAGAGGUUAUAUUAGCACAGCUUCAGGAUCUUCCAGCUUGGGUUCAAUUUCCGGAUACUGAACGAGUGGAAUGGCUUAACAAAGUUAUAUUGCAACUUUGGCCCUACAUUACGGAAUAUUCCAAGUAUUUCAUGCGUGAAUAUAUCGAACCUGAGGUUAAAUCGCAGUUGCCAGCUAUCUUCAAGUCAUUCAAAUUCACGAAAAUGGAUAUGGGUGAUAUUCCGUGUCGUGUCGGUGGCAUUAAGGUGUAUACACAUAAUGUUGGUCGAGAUCGUAUUAUUGUUGAUAUGGAUAUCGCUUAUGCUGGAGACGCUGACUUUGAUGUUAGUAUUGCUGGUUUUACUGGUGGUCUAAAUCAACUUCAGUUUUCUGGAAAGUUAAGAGCUAUCUUGAAGCCAUUACUACCAUAUCCGCCAAUGGUUGGCGGAAUUUCCGGGUUCUUUUUGGAAAAACCGAAAAUCGAUUUUAAUCUAACCGGCAUGGGUGAAUUUGUGGAAUUGCCUGGUUUGUUAAAUGCAGUUCGUGCAAUAAUCGAUUCUCAGGUUUCGGCUUUAUGUGUGCUUCCGAAUGAAAUAGUUGUUCCAUUAGCUCCAAAUUUCGAUAUUACGAAGUUGCAUUUGCCAGAGCCUGAUGGUGUACUUCGUUUGAAAAUUGUGGAAGCUAGGAAUCUGGAAAAUAGAGAUAUAAAAUUCACUAAGAGUAUGGCAAGUGAUCCAUAUUGCCAAAUACAUGUUGGUUCCCAGUUCUAUAGAACCAAAACGAUUGAUAAUAAUUUGAAUCCAGUUUGGAAUGAAUAUUUUGAAUUUGUUGUUGAUCAAGCUAAUGGACAAAAGUUACGUAUAGAAUUAUUUGAUUAUGAUAAAGCGAGUAGUGAUGAGGAAUUAGGGACAUUGACGAUCGAUCUAAUUAAUGUCAAAGAAAAAAAAAGUCUCGAUGACUGGUUCCCAUUAGAUGCAUGCAAGCAUGGCGAUAUACACAUCCAGGCUGCUUGGAUGAAUUUAUCAUGUUCGCCUGCAGACUUUACUUAUCAGGAAUUUGGAAGCUAUUGGUUCAAUACUGAUAAACCAGUACAUUCAGCAUUGCUUAUGAUCUUUAUUGACAGUGUAUCUGAUUUGCCGUAUCCAAAAGCAAAAUUGGAACCGUCGCCAUAUAUUAUGGUAAGUGUUGGAAAAGAUUUCCAACAAACGCCGACGAAAAUAAGAACUGUUAAUCCAUUAUUCCAGAUCAAGAUUCUGUUUUUUGUUCGUUAUCCCGAAAGGCAAGAAGUGAAAUUUGAGGCUAUCGAUCAUACAACAAAACGUUCUCUGGGUGAAUUCGUUUUGCCGCUGAAGACAAUUUUGCUAGAACCGAAUUUGGAAUUAUUUGAACAAACCUUCCCAUUAACACUAGGAGUUCAUCAGAGUCCAAUGGUCAUCACAGCGCGCAUCAGGAUGAAAACAAGAAGAAACAGUAGUGAUUCAGCUACAAGUGCAUAUAGACGUCGUCGUACUUUUGGUGAAAAACUGUUUCUAACAAAACAUACGCAAAGCAAAGAAAAGCCCACUGGUGAAAGUGGUCGCUUGCAGUUUGGUCUUCAACAUCUGAAAGAAACAAACAAGCUGAUAGUUCGGGUCAUACGUAUAAUAGACUUGUAUCCACUUGACAGUCAAGGUUCUGCAGAUCCGUACCUAACUGUACGUCUAACACCUUCCGACAAUAUGUAUGGCGGUGAGAAACGAAAAACAGCAAUUGUUAAGAAAUCUCUUGAUCCGGUUUUCGAUAAUGAAUUCGAAUUUGAUCUGCACUUUAGCGAUAUCGAGAAUCACAUGCUUAUCUUCACUGUAAAGGACGCUAUCAAUUAUGGACCUUUUAGCAAACCUCCAGUUCUUGGGAUGGUACAAAUAAAAUUGGAUAGUCUGAAAAUAACGGAAGAAUUCUCGAGUUUUUGGUAUGAUCUCAAAUGUAGUUGA